UAUAAACACUCAAGGUCAAAUAAUAACAAAGACAAUCACAGAAAUACAGAAAUAAAUAAUUAAUAGGUACAACUGCAUAAAAAUAUAUUCAAUAUAUAUAUUCAAGAAAAUGAAAACAAAGAAUCGUUCAGAAGUAUCGCUAAUGAUGGUACAGUCCACCUCAAAGUAUAAAGAAGAAGUUUACGUGCCACCACUAGAUGGUCUUGGUGUCGAAAUCCACGAUUUAAGAGUGCCCGAUGAAGAGUCUAAGUUAUACGUCAUAGAAGUCGCGUUUUUCAACCAACUUCUCAUAUCAACUAUAGUAACGUCAACAGGAGGCAGAGAAGUAAAAGAAGUGAGCAACAAAAUAAUAGCAACGGGGCAGAUGAAUUACGAUCCAUCAGAUUAUGAAAAAAUGUGCCUGUUUGCGGAUAAUCCCCUAAUAAUAAAAAUUCAUCCCUUACGCAAUGAAGAGGAAGUAGUAAAUACAUCAACUAACUCGAGCCCUUUAGGAACUGCUAAACUAGACCCAGAUACUUAUUGCUGUACAAUCGAUAUUUUACCAUUAUUUACCGAAGUAAACAAAAUGUGUUGGAAGAAACGUCUAGAACCAAUAUUUGAGCAGUCUGUCUUGUUAGUUAAAAGCUGGAACAAUCUUCCAUUGGUGACAAUAACUUUGAAAGCAACAAGGAAUCCAGCAAACAUCUAUCAUCAUAAAAUGUUUAAGAAUGCAAACUAUAUGAAAAUCACUCUUGUUGGAAGUUACAACAUGAUAUUACCGUUUGAAGAUGAAUAUAUUUAUACUGCAGCGUCUAAGUUACCGCUUCAAAAUGAAAUGCAAUCGGGAAUGUUUUGUUUCAACGACGGUUAUAGAUGGUCAAAAAGAUUCAAUAGCAUGUCUUUUUACCCGCAUUGGGAAAACCUGAGACUUGAACAGAAGUUGUGCAGCAGAGGAGAUGAAAAACUCGAAAUUAGUAUUGAAGAAUUACAAAACGAAGAAAACAUAGACGUAAACUACUACGUGAAUGAAAAGCCUGAGCAAUUCACAACUUUGUGGGCUUCCUUUCACCGUGUUCUUAUGCUAAAAGAUACAGAAGAAUUGUUAACGAAACAUAUACGCGAAUACAAAUGGCCGAUAGAAGUUCAUAUUUAUGGUGAAAAUAAGGGCUAUAGCUUUAUGGGCUUCAUAGAUCUUUUCCGUCUUCUUUAUCCUGGAGAGAAGACAGUUCGGUUGGUGGUACCACUACAAUGGGUUGACGCACAGAGUAUGAUGGCUAAUUGUGGAUGCAAAUUGCUUCUCAAGCCCAGUGACAAUGUGCCGUCCAUCUUGUCAGCCGUUCAGAAACCUAGCAAGUCUACAACAGAAUCAAUUCAAACAAGCACUACUACAGAGAUAAUUUAUGUACCACGCUCUACGGGUAGCGACGAUAAUUGUUCUUUUGUAAUCGUUGAAAUCUCCCUAGCCCAUGCGAUUAUGGAGCCCUGCAUACCACCACAUUUAACAAAAUCUGAAAUAAACGAGAUGCUAAUCGAAAUGGAAGUAAUACCAACUAAACGCAAAUGUACGGGGCGCGGUCAACUCGACCGCGACUGGCAAUCCACAGUGCAAGCCGCGGCGAACGCGUUACGUCGUGUUCCAUACUUUGGUUUGACAGAUUUGUGUACAAUUAACCGUCAACUAAGUGAAUCCCGCACCCGCGUGGAAUUGAUCACGUCAUUCUGGCAGGAUGCAGCCAUUUACGUUAACAACAACUUUGUUAUCAAGGAUUUUCUACACUCCGAUGGCACUUUUGAAGAGAUGCUAAUGAUAGCACACGCCUGUCUCAUGCGCCUCGCGAACGAGACGCUGCACGUGGCAACUGAUAACAGACAAGAGCUCAGCUCUACACUGAGGGCGGCGCGGCACGCCCGACAUCUACAGGACUUGCCACAUGCUAUGGACCUUUAUCGACAGUUGGUGGCAUCCAAACCUCGGGAGGCGAACAGCUGGCGUGAGCUCGCCACUUGUCUCAAAGAUGUAGAUAACGACUGGGCGAACGUGUGCAUCAACAAAGCAAUCAUGUUGAAUCUUCGACACCCAUUAAGUCUACUCUCUAAAGGUGGAGCAGUAUUUGAAGUUGAUCCGGAUGCUGCCGAACCCUUCUUCACUGCCCUGAUGGCGUUUUACCCAUUUUAUACUUGCUUGUGGGUGGCUGCCAACGCGUAUUUCUUGCAUAGAGAACUGUUUCACAUGGCGCAUGAAAUCAUGGAACAAGUUAAAAAAACAGAAGCGGAAGGGUUAUCACAAGAGAUGGCUUUCCCUCGCGUUUGGGAGCAUGAGCUCGGCGAUUGGUGGGACCACACCCCUUUGCUGCCCGGCACUAGCCGUUACUACGAAACUGCAGAUCUGCUACUCAGGCUACGAGCCGUAACCCUUGCAGAGAUAUGUAUAGCUCGGGCUUUUCUGGAAACUGAUGAAAGUGCUGUAUACUAUCACAUGGUUGCCCUAUGUUGUCGCAUCAGAGGAAACAUAGAUGACGCAUUGUGCCAUAUUAAGCAAGGAAUCGAGAAAUAUGGUGAAAUCAUGUAUUUGAGAAGCUUGGAGGGCGAGUGCUACCACAAGCGAAAAGAAUUGACUGCUUCCAUGGCGUCAUUUGAAAAAAUCGGCAGUUGUGGCAGCCCUUACAUUUCCUUGCUGUCACUACCACGCCGUGAUCAUGUGCGAGUUCAGGCCACAUUAACGGAUCUCACCCGGCGCAACCCCAGUGCUUACGCGUGGAUGGCGCUCGCGGAUGAUUGGAUGAUGCAAAGUGCGAUGGGCGAGGGUGGUGACGCCGAUGCAACCAAGGAGCAGCGUGCUGCAGCGGCCAACGCGGCCAUGUGCGCGCUCAACGCGCUCAGGUGCGACCGCAGCGCGGCGCGCGCGUGGUCGCUGCUGGCCAUCCUCCUCAAGCCCAGCGCUCGCCGACAAUACUGCAGGGAAAUGGCUGUUUUGUGUGGCGAAAAUAAAUUAUUAUCGCCAAAAUACUCCAAACAUGCCAUGGAUUCGCAACAGUCUUUCUGUUUUCGUCUUGGAAAAGCUCUACGGGAAUGUCGUUGCAAAAUGUGUGAUCAUCUUUCAUUUUAGUGUUUUUAGGGUUCGUAUUUACUAUGCCUCCAUUGUCCGUCUGUUUGUCUGUCUGUCAGCGAGCUGUAUCUCCGAAUAGGUACAGAAGGAAAUUUUCCACAGAAUGUGUAUAUCUUUUUCUAUUGCCGAUCGAGCUCAGAAUACAUAAUAUGGUUUAAAGAAAUAAUAAAAACUUUUGAGCCCCCAUUUUGAAUUAUUAUUCGCCAUUAUUUGACAGACAGACAGACUGUGGAGGCUUAGUAGCUAGGUCGGUUUGGCAUCCUUCGGAACCCUACAAAGAAGUAAGUAUUAUUUCAUUAAGUUUUCUUAUUACAAUAAACCAAAAAAAAAUGAUUUUUAUUGGUUUUUUUUAAAUACCAACAGAGGGUUCUUAUGUUUACUGGUCCCACUGCAUAGAUCCAAUAUAGGUAUUAUAAAUCCGAAA